CCCACGAAGAGAUACGGCCGAUCCACAUUUCCAGGGGAUCCGCUGGUGAUUCUCUGUCGUGCAAAGUCCAGUCUCGUGGCCAAGUGAACUCUUUCUGGGAAAUGAGCCAAACCGGUCGACAGUUAUCCUGCAGCUCAGUUUGGCCCCGGGUUAAGAAAAUAAAGGCAAGCGACGCAGGGAACGGUGUCAGCAUGGCGCAAAGAAGUGGAGAAAGCUGCGCAGGAAGCGGCAGGUUUGAGGAAUCCGAUAAUAACGCCAGGAGCUGCGGCUCUAUGUGCGUUAAUCCGCCCGCCCGCGACAUGGAGACGCGCUGCUGUCAGACAGCUGCUGCUCCUCAGGAGGAGUUGUUGAACGCUGACAGCCGCUCCUUUUCUGCGUGCGCCACAAUCUCAGAGACAGCCAGAGAGCUGUGCAGAGCUGUGUCCGUGUCUUUGGGUCUCGCCAUGGAGUCCAGUGACAUGAGCGACGUGGACGCCGCUCUCCCCCCAUGUGCGCCAAAUGACCAAAUCAGCGGAGAGUAUUUCUUCGGGGUGGACGCCGCGGCUCUGAGCUGCCCCAAAGUCCAGAGCCAGAUCACUUACAGGUGUCCCGACCGGGAUGAGCGACCGCUUCACGGCCACAAACCAGCCGCAAAGAUGUUUAAAAGUUCAGAGACGCCUGCGCAUUUUCCUCACCUCGCCGGCCGGACGCAUGCGAACGCGCAAAACUUCACACCGUGCGAAGCUGAUGCUACGGAUCACCUGACGGCCAGCCGCACCGUCCCCUGCCCUUACGCCCAAGACCACUUAGCGCAGUACAGCCACGAGCGGCACGGCAGGUCCGCUUACAACCCGCAGGAAGGAGCGCAGGACUUCGGGGAGGCUGCGGAGAGCGAGCCCGGCGGAUAUCACCCGGAGCAGUACAGCGUUAAAAUCAAGUCAGAGGGAAAUGAAGGCUGGGGGUCGUUCUGGGGCGGCGGGUACACCUUUAACAAGAGGUACAACACGCAGCUGUGGGGGUCCCGGCAGUGCAUGAACGCACACGAGUCUGGAGCGAACGCGGCGUUCAUCUGCAGCCCGUACGAGGCGAGCGUGGUGCGUCCGGAGCAGUGGUACCCCGGCGGCAUGCUGAAGACCCCCUAUCCCAACACCGGGGAAAUGAAGAGUCAAGUCGGUGAAUGGCUGGAUGUAGUCUACAACGACACCAGGUUUGAGGCUGGCAGAGAGCACAUGUUCCCCAUGGAGUUCUUCUUCCCGCCUCAGAGAACGUGUCUGAUUUGCUCCGAUGAGGCAUCUGGCUGUCAUUACGGCGCGCUCACGUGUGGCAGCUGCAAAGUUUUCUUUAAAAGAGCUGCAGAAGGUAAGCAGAAAUACCUUUGUGCAAGCAAAAACGACUGCACCAUCGACAAGCUAAGAAGGAAGAACUGCCCCUCUUGUCGACUGAAGAAGUGCUUCGAAGCAGGGAUGACACUUGGAGCAAGAAAACUAAAGAAGAUUGGACAACAGAAGAGCCCAGAAGAAGAUCAUCCUGUACAGGAAGCAGCAGAAGUACCUCCCAACAUGUCUCCUAAAUCAGGUCCGAACAUGAACUCCCAGAUGGUCUUCCUGAACAUCCUUGAGUCCAUUGAGCCUGAGGUGGUUAACGCCGGACAUGACUGCGGCCAACCAGACUCAGCUGCUGGCUUGCUCACCAGCCUGAAUGAACUGGGGGAGAGACAGCUGGUCAAAGUGGUCAAAUGGGCUAAGGGAUUACCAGGUUUCAGAAAUCUCCAUGUGGAUGACCAGAUGACUGUCAUCCAGCAGUCGUGGAUGGGGGUGAUGGUCUUUGCUCUGGUAUGGAGGUCCUACAAGAACGUCAAUGGCAGGAUGCUUUACUUUGCUCCUGACCUUGUCUUUAACGAACAUCGGAUGCAGAUCUCCACCAUGUAUGAGCACUGCAUGCGGAUGAGACAUCUGUCCCAGGAGUUUGUGCUGCUGCAGAUUACACAGGAGGAGUUCCUCUGCAUGAAGGCCCUGCUCCUCUUCAGUAUCAUUCCGGUGGAAGGUUUGAAAAGCCAGAAAUACUUUGACGAACUGCGGCUCACCUAUAUUAAUGAACUGGAUCGCCUCAUCAAUUACCAGAUGACCACAAACUGUCCUCAAAGGUUCUACCAGCUGACUAGGAUCCUGGACUCUCUUCAGAUGACCGUAAAGAAGCUCCAUCAAUUUACCUUUGACCUGUUUGUUCAGGCUCAGUCGCUUCACACCAAGGUCAGCUUUCCUGAGAUGAUCGGGGAGAUCAUUUCUGUGCAUGUUCCAAAGAUCCUCGCAGGUUUGGCCAAACCCAUCCUGUUCCACAAGUAGAAGGAGUGUUUUGUUUUUUUCUCUUUUCAUCUAAAAAAAUGAAUUAAGUGCCGCCUUCAUGAACUUUAACAAAGGCUGUGAACUGUUCCCCAACAUCUUCGCUCUGAUUGUUUUCAGGCCUGUCCUGUUAACGCUGUUAAGGUUUUUUUUGGGGGGGGGGUAUUUUUGCUUCACAUUUUGUACAUAAUAUUUUUUUUCUGAACUGUUCUGGCUUUUAUCUAACGAGCUGAAAAACCUCAUCUCCUGACAGCUCACCAGUUUGUAAUUGGAGUUUGCGUCUUCUACAUAUGGAGAAAAUAUGCUGUUUCAGAUGGUUGUUUUAAAAUGAGAUUAGUCACAAAGUUAAAAAAAAAAAAAAAAAACAUCAACACUGAGCUUUUUUACUAGUAAUACGAAUCAGAAUAUAUAUCCCAACAGGAAACUGGUUUAUAAAUGAUACAAACAUUAAUACCAGGCAAAAAAUAUGUAUAAAAAUAACAAAUCAACCUUCUUUUGUUGCAGCCAACCAUCAAAACCUUGUUCAUAAUCCAAUAAUUAUUUUAAAGUGCCACACUUGCUCCUUAUACCUCAUGCAACCUCUGUUGACAAUAGAAGAUUCCUUUUUUUAUUUCUGACAUACAAUUUAUGUUACUAACAUGCUUAAAGACUCAGUGAAGAAAUGUUUUAAUAUUCCUGGUAGA